AUGAAGUGCAGAUGAUUAUCAGUGUUUUCAGACAGAGAGACAGUAAUUCAGCCUUUUAGUGAGUCUUUUACAGAUUAGAGAUGAAUCAGAAUAUUUAUGAUGAUGUAAUCAGCAUUGAAGAUCUGAACAGAGGACAGCGAGCCGAGGUGGAGGUGGUUAUCUAUGAGAGUGCAGACACUGUUAGAUGCCAUGACCCCGACACAGAGAUGGACGACACCAACAGCAAGAGGAAACCAGAAAUUCACAACACAGGUGGAGACACUUCAGAGAGCAGAUGCAGCAGACUGGCUGCAGUGUGUCUGGGGCUGCUGUGUGUUCUCCUGCUGGCUGCCAUCACAGUGCUGUGGAUCAAGUUCAACAACCUGACUACAGAGAGAGACCAGUUACAGACCAGUUACACCAACCUGAUUCUAGAACGAGACCAGUUACAGACCAAUUACACCAACCUGACUAAAGAGAGAGAUCAGUUACAUACCAGAUGCUCUCGUUUGCAAGACCGGCUACAGACGAGUUACACCAACCUGACUAUAGAGAGAGACCAGUUACAGACGAGUUACACCAACCUGACUAUAGAGAGAGACCAGUUACAGACGAGUUACACCAACCUGACUAUAGAGAGAGACCAGUUACAGACCAGUUACACCAACGUGACUAAAGAGAGAGACCAGUUACAGAACAGUUACAUCAACCUCACUAAAGAGAGAGACCAGUUACAAACCCAUUACACCAACCUGACUAUAGAGAGAGACCAGUUACAGACCAGUUACACCAACGUGACUAAAGAGAGAGACCAGUUACAGAACAGUUACAUCAACCUCACUAAAGAGAGAGACCAGUUACAAACCCAUUACACC